UCCUGCCACCACUCCAGUCGCGGACAACGGUGACUGUCCGUCGUCGUCGUCGUCGUCGACGGUCGAGUUUUUCUCCCAGUAAAUGAUUUUAUUCCACCGCAUUAGAUUUGUAUUAAUAAAAUAGUAAUAAUAUUCUUCUCGACUGUCUUCGUCUGAGUAUUUUCUUUUCAACGGCGCGUCCGCUCGCCUGACCUGGCCUGGCCGCCGUCGUGUUGUCGCAGCCGUCGCGGCCGUGGUCGGCGGUUCCCGGACACAUUACACGCGGACGCGGCACCGUCCCAUUGCCGUCCGGUCGUCGCGGUGUCCGGCAGCCGCCGUCGUCGCAAGACGUCCGCCGCCGUGUAGUACCUGCGCUAAUUAUAAUACUAUCGAAUUUUAAAUAAUUAGAUAGUCAGGUACAACAAUAAAAUAAUAUUAAUAUUCCUGUCGUGUCACGUCGAUCGGCCCUUUGUCAGUUCUCGUCCCGUACACGGUAAGUGCACCUCACACGAGUGCCGCCGCCAUGGAUUACGAUUGUUCGCACAUCUCGGAAGUGGUCCAAGACUUGGACGUCGAGGAAAUGAGGUCGACGCUGAAAAACAGGAGUUGCAACGUUUGUCUGCGAAUUGACGAACUAUGGAUCUGUAUGAAGUGCAGACAAAUACUUUGUGGACGGUACGCCGCCGGACAUAGUAUGGCUCAUUUUGAAUAUCACAGCAAUCAUUGUAUAACGUUAAACAUAGAGUCAGCAACGCUCUUUUGUUACAAAUGUGAUGAAUAUGUAGAGCCAAAAUGCCACGAUGAUGAACUAAAUCGUCUAAGACAAUUUGUUUUGUAUACUCAAAAACCGAGCAAAUGUAAAGAUAUAAAACGCCGAGGAUCGGCUAAUCGACAAAAUGGCAAAAAGAAAAAAACCACGAACAGACGAGGCCCUAGAACAAAUAAAAAACCCGGAAUAACUAACGAGGGAAACAACUGUUUCAUGAACGCCGUGUGGCAAUCGCUUAGUAACAUAAAUCUUUUUAUCUUCUGCAUUAAACAUCUACUCGCAGUCAACAACAUUAACACGAACCUUAAGGACACAAGAAAUGGAAUGAUAACCGAUGAACUAAGAACCACAUUGGUCAGUUUGUCAGAAUGGACACCGCCUUCUGGCUCUAAAAUGGGAGACCCGAUAUCAGCUCGCGCUUUGUAUUCAAUUAUUUGUAAACUCGUACCUCGUUAUAGAGGAUUUCAUCAGCACGAUGCACACGAGUUUUUGAUUCACAUUUUGGAUAAGCUUCAUUCCGAGUUGAAACAAUUGCUGGAAGCCGAUCAAGAAAUCACAAACUCUGAAGAACCAACAAUCGUGAGCUUUGUAUUCGGGGGCAUGUUGUUAAGCGAGGUGUGCUGUCUGGUUUGCGGAUUCUAUUCUAAAGCCCACGAUCCUUUUUUGGACAUUUCGUUGGAUAUCCCAGACUACGAUGACACCAAUAACUCCGAAGAACGGCCAGUCGAUACCUUAAACGAUUGUUUAGAACGGUUUAUCAAAGUGGAAGAACUCACCGAGGGCAACUAUUAUUAUUGUAAAGGCUGUAACGUAAAACAGAAAUCGACUAAAAAGUUUUGGAUAAGUCGGUUGCCCAAUGUGCUCUGUCUGCAUCUGAAACGGUUUAGGUAUGUAAAUAACCAGCGUAUCAAAGUGCACACGCCCAUUAAAUUUCCUAUAUCGUCGUUGGACAUGUCUCGAUUUUUUUUAAAAGACAAAGAUAUAUCGGUCGUUAAAAAGGAAGACUGUUUGUACGAUUUGUCGUCGGUCAUUGUUCACGAGGGCAACGGUGGUGGAUCUGGACAUUACACCUCGUACGCCCUGACUAAAGGUGAAUGGUUUGAGUGUAACGAUGAAAAAAUCUACGAAGUCGAUUCGUCCGUCGUAGAAAACGUCGAGGCAUACAUAUUGUUUUACAGUAAAAGAUAGUAUAGUUAUACAAAAAAAUAUAUAUUAAAAUGUGGGUGGUAAUCUUCGUAUAAAUAUUAUAUUGGAUCGAUAUAACAACUAGACUGGAAUAUAAUCGUGUAUAUAUAUA